UUGGUUCGCUCUUUCGCAGUCACGAAAUGUCAAAUGAGUGUCAAAAAUGACCGGAAAAGAGAAAUGUCACUAGGCGCAUUGAUAAAAUAAAUAUUUAUUUUUACAAAGUAAACGUAGUAUUUUCUACGUAAUUAAAAUUAAGUUUCUAAAUUUAUAUGUACAAAAUGGAAACCAAAGUAGCAAUAGUGACUGGUGGCAACAGAGGCAUAGGAUUUGAAAUCGUGAAAGGGCUGUGCCAAAAGUUUGAUGGUGCUGUGUACCUAACGGCUAGAAAUGAAGAAAGAGGGCGACAAGCUGUUAAGAAAUUGCAAGAUAUUGGAUUAAAACCUCUAUUUCAUAUAUUGGAUGUCACAUGCGAAAAAAGUAUUCAAGACUUGGCUGCACACAUUUCUACACAUCACUCGGGCAUAGAUGUUUUGGUAAACAACGCCGGCAUUCUAGACUUCGACAAGUCUAUAUCAUCACACGAAGACGCCAAAAAACUCAUCGAUACAAACUUUAUGAGUUUGCUGACGAUAUCAAAGAUAUUGUACCCACUUCUAUCAAAUACCGCCAGAAUAAUUAAUAUAAGCAGUGAUUGGGGGCUACUUUCUAAUAUACGUAAACAAAUAUGGCUUGACACUUUGGUUAAGGAAGAUCUCACAGUUGAAGAAAUAUUAGCAUUUGUAAAUGAAUUUUUGUUGGCAGCCAAAAAUGGUAGAAGCUCAUUUGUAUCCAUUGCGGGCCAUUUUGGAGAUUAUAAAGUGUCAAAAGUAGCCAUGUCAGCUCUAACAUUUGUGCAACAGAGACAGUUCAUUGCACAAGGCAAAGAUGUAUCUAUAAAUUGUGUCCACCCUGGAUUUGUUAUGACAGAUAUGACAAAGGGUAUGGGUGACUUCACUCCGGAGAGGGGUGCAAGAGCACCUCUAUACUUAGCACUAGAAGCACCACAGUCACUUAAAGGAGCUUUCAUUUGGCAUGACUGUCAUCAUGUUAACUGGGAUGACUAAGGAUGUAAUGGCUUUAUAAAUUGUUAGUGUUACAACCAUGUUAAUCCUGUGAUAUCAGUGUCACAUGCACUUUAAACAAAAAUACAUAAUUUCCUUUAGUGAAACAUUUUUCAUUUGUUACAUAUUAAAGUUUUUUAUAUAUUGUGUACUUAUAUUUUUUCAAUGGAGGUUGUGAAUUGUUUAAUUUACAGUGUCUGUGUUUAUAGUUGGCCUAAUUGAAACAUUUAUGUGUACAUGUUGUCUAGAAUUGCCAUUUCAUGUCUAAAUUAAUAUGUUCUUAGUUUGAGUUGUUAGUCUUAAAGUCCUCGAGUUAAAAGUAAAAGUUUAUACAAAAAUGUCUGUUAUGCUACAGAAUAAAUCCCUUUGCUACCAUCAUCUAUUAAAUAGUGUACCUACUUUAAAAUAUUAUUUCAUAAAAAAUAAACUAAGUUUAUAAGACA